AUGAGAGGAGAGGGGCCGACGCAUCGUGAGAACAAGCUCCGUCUCUUCGGCCAUGACGAGAAGGAGAUCAGGGUUGUGCUCUACAGGGACAGUGCUGCAUGGUGCCCGUACUGUCAAAAGGUCUGGCUGCUGCUGGAAGAGAAGAAGAUCCCCUACAAGAUCGAGCUCAUCAACAUGCGAUCCUAUGGUGACAAGCCUGACUGGUUCCUUGCUAAAAAUCCCCGGGGCCUCCUGCCAGUCGUCGAGGUAGACGGGAAGAUGAUCAGUGAAAGUGUGUACAUCAUGCAGCUCGAAAGGAGACUCUUCGGAGACUGGUGUGGAUUUGUGUUUCAACCUGGAUCUUUUGGGAAAUCUUCUUUCGAGGCAACUCUGAACCUGGUGGACGAGGCGUUGACUAGCUCGCCCGGCCCCUGGUUCCUAGGAGGGGACAACCCUUCCAUCGUCGACCUGCAGUACAUCUCGCACAUCGAGCGAAUGAUUCCCUCCUGCCUGUACUGGAAGGGAUUCCAGAUGAGAGGCAACGGGAAGUGGAAGGGAAUAGAGAGAUGGCUGGCGGCGUUUGAGGAGAGGCCGACCUACAUGGCAACUAAGAGUGACUACUACACUCAUGUGAUGGAUAUUCCUCCUCAGUAUGGCCCUGGCCAGUCUCUUCCCCUGGCUCCUCUUUCCGAGACAAGCCUUGAGCCCGUCCUUCCCUUCAACAAUCUUGGAGAAGAGGCUGCAAGACACGAGGCAGCAACUGUUCUGCUCGGAAAUCAUCAAGUGGGUGAAUCAAGCUCUUGA